AUGGCGCUAACGAGUAGCACCCGGGAGUGCAGCUUGGCGACACCGUCAAAUUGUAAAGCGACCAGCAGCAUGGGUCUCAAGGUUGUCCAAAUAAACCUGCAGCACUCGCGGACUGCAACGGACAACCUAACCGUUCUCCUGGCGGAGGAGUAUGUCGACAUCGCAUUAAUCCAGGAACCCUGGGAUGUGACGGCUGUGGAGGUAGAAGCCGCCGAAGGCGUCGGCAUCAUACUGGCUUCCAUCUACAUGGCACAUGAUCGGCCAGCACCACCCGAGGAGGCUCGUCGGCUUGUGCGUGAAGCUAGACAUAAGUACCUGCUACUCGGAUGCGAUGCCAACCCAAGGCACUCUCUAUGGGGCAGCUCGGAGAUGAACGAACGAGGUAAACGUCGCGGCUCUACUCCGGUUUGCGACUGCACCUCCUCAGACUCCGAAAAGGAUGUUGUGUCCGAGAAACAAACACAAAAGAUCAAAAAUAAAAUAUCUGAAGUUUGGAAAUAUUUUAAGCGGUCCGACGACAAAAAAUUUGCAAAGUGCCUAAACUGCGCAAAAGAAUAUAAAACAAGCGGAAACACUUCGAAUUUGCGGGACCAUUUAAAAAGAUUUCAUCCAGAUUUAAAAGACCACGCACCGGAUUCUAGCACAACUACACUUGCUGAUAACGACAACACAGCAUCUACAAGCAGCAGUUGCAGGUCCAGUAUGCGCUCUAUGGACUCGUAUUUGAAAAGAGCCGUAUUCUACGAUGCAAACAGUAAGCGAAAGAAUGAUAUUGACAGAGCCCUAACCGAGAUGAUAGCCAAAGAUGUGCAGCCAUACAGUGUCAUCGAAAAUGAAGGCUUUAUAAAGUACACGCAAGUCUUGGAUCCAAGGUACAAGCUUCCAAGUCGAACGCAAUUAAGAGAUGUGCUGAUGCAUAAUUUGUUUCGAGAAACUUCGGCCAAAUUGUCCGCGAUGUUGGAGAGUAUUUCAAAUAUUGCCGUCACAUGCGACUUGUGGACCUCAAGUGCAAAUGUAAACUUUAUAACCGUAACAUGCCACUUUCUUCAUGAGUAUACCAUGAAAACAGCAUCGUUAGCCACACGCAAGUUAAUUGACCCAACUAAUCACUCGGCUCAAAAUAUUGCAAACACCUUGCGAGAAAUACUAAACUUUUGGAAUGUUUACGAAAAAACUAUUUGCAUCGUUACAGACAAUGCCAGUGCAAUGCUAAAAGCGUGCGACUUAUUAAAUAUACGGAAUCUUCCAUGCUUUGCUCAUACCUUAAAUUUGGUUGUCCAAGAUGGACUCAAAUUGGAUAAAGACGAAGCAUUUAAGGCUUUAUUUACAAAAUAUAAAUUUGCUUACACCCUUUUACAAGAAAUGCCUACAAGGUGGAACAGUUUCUAUUACAUGAUACAACGAAUCCUGGCAACGCACGAAGCUAUUGCAACGGUUCUACUGUCCACUAAGCAUGCACCUCUUCCAUUUACGGCAGAAGAAAUAAAUAUUCUAAAAGAUAUUGAAAAAAUAUUGUCAUUUUUCCAUCAAAUUAGUGAAAGAAUUUGUGGCGGAACGUAUGUGACAAUUUCAUUAAUUAUACCUUUGACAUAUGGCCUGUACCGAAAAAUACUAAGUCUAUCACCACAAUUGCAAACUCAGGAAGGAGAGACAAUGAAAAAUAUAUUAUUGGAGUCCAUUUCAAAACGGCUGUCUACGAACGAGGAACGAAUUGUGACGAGAAUAGCAACAAUAAUAGAUCCGAGGUUUAAAAGAGAUGGAUUUCAGCAAAUUGUGAAUGCUGAGGAAGCAGAAAAACUUUUGGAAAAUGAAUUGGUGAAUUGCACUAGUGAGGAAAUCCCCAUCAACGCCGAUUUGGACCUCAGCACCAAGACGCAGGACUCCUUCCUUGAUUUCUUAGAUCACCGUGCCAACGAUAAACGUGGAAAUGCGCACUCUAAUGCCAUAAUCGUCAAGCGGCAGUAUUUGGAGAGAGCUCUAGCUCCUCAAGAUAUGGAUCCCCUAUUAUGGAUUAAGGUGAAAUUAAAUAAUUAA